GUGAAGCGGAUGUGACGUAAUAGAAUAAAAGAUUAAAUCUUAUCUUCUUUUGAAAGCUAGACGAUUUUAUAACAAUUUUUAUUUUCAUGGUAUUCUUAAUCCCAUUUGCGCCAUGUUAGGAUACCAGCUGAAUGCACUUCUGUGGAAGAAUUUUCUUCUUCAAUUGCGCUCCUGGAAAAGUCUUCUGGUGGAGAUCUGUAUUCCAAGUUUUAUAUUUCUGCUCAUUGUCUACAUCUUCACUAAAAAGGAGAUAAUUAUUCAAUCCAUCACUGCUGUAACUGCCAUGGAGAUAAAACAGUCCGUCGUUUGCAAAAUUCUUUACAAGCCACAUUCUCCAGUGAUUGCAGAGCUGAUCAAUGACGGCAGUGACCGUACAACUCCGACCUUCGUGCCAGUGAAAUCAUUUCAAAACACCACUGAAUAUGAAAAGUUGGAAAAAGGGUCUAGAUUCCAACCAGGCUGUUGGCGCAAAGUGGAGUUUGACCUGCAGGGAAAUGAGAAGGCUGUCCCGACUAACCUUCGGUUUAAAGUAGUGUUGAACAAUCAAUACGUGACCGAUCCCAUCUACGUACACGUAACCAUAUCACUGGGGUCUGAGUUCGAGUCUGAUUCGGAUUAUCGAGAUCAAGAGGUAAGCCAGGUGCAGUACGUCGUAACAAAGAUGUUCAUCAACUACUGGCAGAAGAAGCGCAAGACGAACAAGUUCGUGGCCACGGAGGCGUUCUACACGUCAAGCCUGCCGGAACGGAUCACCAUCUCGCCCCGCAAUCAGGCGCUCUCCGCCCUGGACGCUUUCUUCCCUUUCCUGUAUAUCGGUUUGGCUGUAUUCGCCGGAAGCUACGUGGUGGAGGAGAAAGAAAGUAGAUUAAAGGAAGCCAUGAAACUGAUGGGCUUAAAGACGUUCUCGUUUUGGUUCAGCUGGUUCUUGACGUCCUUCAAGACUGGCUUCUUCAUCUGUUUACUAUUCAUGAUCUUUCUGAAGUGGACCGGGUACACCAACGGCAACAUCCUGUCCAGCAGUUCAGGGUGGAUCCUUUUGUUCAUGAUCAUCUACGCCAUCGACGCCAUCAGCUUCUCCUUCAUGCUGACCUGUUUCAUCAACAAAGCCAGGAACUUUGUUAUCUGUGCCGUGGCUCUUUACUUUUCAUUGACCCUUGGGGCACCGAUCCUCUCUUCGUAUCUCUGUGGUAAAGUUUCCGCCCAUGUCGGAGGUCUCUUGUUUUUCCAGUUCGCCGCUCAACAUUUCAAGACCAUGUUUAUCAACUUUGAAUGGCGGGAGGUCGGCGUGAUAUCUGAGAAGCUGAAUGUCUACGAGGUGUUACCAUAUCUUCACUUCAUCGACACCCUGAUCAUGUUCAUCACCAACACCCUCUUCAACUGUAUCAUCAUCUGGUAUGUGUCCAAUAUCUUCCCAGAGGAAUAUGGUGUCCCUCAACCAUACAAUUUCUUUCUGAAGAAAUCCUACUGGUGCCCACCUACUGAAUCCGAAGAGUCCAUCCCGGCAUUAUCUGGGAUGGACGAAAGAUACUUUCAGCCGGCCAGCAAGAAUCUUACUCCAGGAAUUCAGAUCCGUGGCCUGAUAAAGGUAUUUGACAAGAAGGUGGUAGUUGCAGGCAUUGACUUGGACUUAUUUGAGGAUCAAAUCACAGUCCUUCUGGGCCACAACGGAGCAGGGAAGACAACUACAAUUAAUAUGCUCACUGGCUUCCUGAAACCUACCAAAGGCACAGCUAUAGUGAACGGAAUAGACCUCACCAAAAACUUGACCAAAGCGCGAGAAAAUUUCGGCCUGUGUCCACAGCACGAUAUCUUAUUUUCUCGACUAACAUGUAAUGAGCAUUUGUCUUUCUACAGCCAACUUCGUAAUCAGUACCACAGAACCAGGACCGCUGAGGAGGCCGAAGAUUUACUCAAAGCGUUGCACAUUUACGACCACCGAACAAGUUACUCCCAAGUACUGAGUGGGGGACAGAAAAGAAAACUCUCCGUCGCCUGCGCUUUCAUUGGCAACACCAAGUGCAUCUUUCUUGAUGAGCCUUCCUCUGGCCUUGACCCAAGCGCUCGACGUGAACUCUGGGACUUCCUGAAAACCAAACAAAAAGGGCGGACAAUUCUUCUGACAACACACUACAUGGACGAGGCAGACGUCCUGGGAGAUAGGAUCGUCAUCAUGGCAGAAGGCGUCAUCAAGUGUUGUGGAACUCCAAACUUCCUCAAGAGAAUCUACGGUACUGGAUACCAGCUGACGAUUGAAAAGAAGCCAGAUUGUAGCGUUAAGAAAGUAACCAGUAUGAUACAGAGCCAUAUCCCUGAGGGUCGAUACAUGCAAGAGACUCCGACUGAGAUCUUCUACAUUCUUCCAGACGAAGAGGUUCCAUUGUACUCCAGGCUUCUCUUUGAAAUGGAAAACAACAAAGUCGAACUUAAGAUCAGCACCUUCGGUCUGACAGCUACUUCGCUGGAGGAUGUCUUUAUAAGAGUCGGUGAAGGUUUUGAACCAAAUCGCUUUGAGGUCAAGCCGCCUGCUCAUAGGAUGACAGUUGAUUAUAUGGCACUGCACGCCAGUCACCACCGAGAAUCCUCGGUAGAUUGUGAGCCCUUAUUCGACAUGACAGCAACAAAUAGAGCGUCUAUUCCUGGCGUAGUGCCUAUAGAGGAUAAAACUGCUAGCAAUCAGGCAGGAAGUGAAGAGGUUAAAAGAGUUGACACGCCAACUGAACCUGAAACAGAAACGAAUUUGAGCGUCAAAGUGGGGUCCGAUACUAUACAAGUCAUUAAAAGUAAGCAAUCUUUGAGAUCCUCCGUUGAGACGAUUGAAAUUUUCGAGCACAUGACCAACUACACUAAGCUGGAGAGGAUUCAGCUGUUUAUACAGCAGGCCAAGGCCAUCUAUUUUAAGAAGUUCCUCCUCUUUAGGAGAAACUGGGGGACUUCCCUCUUCCUUAUCCUGCUGCCGAUGUUUCUGACGUCCUUGGGAAUCAACCAGCGCCUGGGAUCCCAGAGGAAGGCCAAGUCUCCGGACUUGCUGUUCACUGUCAAGCGCUUCCCACCUGACUUGAGAUACCUAGUCUUCUAUAAGAGCGACGAUUUUCACCAAGUGUCGGACCAUUACCGUAUUAUGAUAAUGGAAAAGAAGGGCGUUGUUGAACAUUUCGAUCUAGAACCAGACGAUACAACGGAAAAUGUCACCGCCAUACUUCACGGGUUGAUGGAUAAAAUAGGCUACAUAAUGUUCCGAGAGAAAUAUCUUUUUGGUCUUAUCGAGAUGAAGCAUCUGCAAGAUCCUUACUCAUCCAAACCGACUCGUGUGCCAGCAGCCAUAGUUCUUUACCAGCGGAGAAUCCCUCACGGGGAGAAUAUUGCGACGCAAUUGGCUCUGGACGCUUGGGUCCGCAGUGCACUUGGGUCUGAAUUCUCUGUUCAGGCCGGACUUCGAGAUUAUUCGACAUCUGCCAGCAGCGAAAGCUUCGGUGGAGGAGAGUUCAUGAUAACACUGUUGUGUAUAACCUUCUCAGUGGUCCUGGUCCCAGUAAUGAUGAUGUUCUCACUGACUCAGGAGAGAGCGAUAGGUUCAAAACAUCUCCAGGAUCUGACCGGUGUCAAUCCAGUCGCCUACUGGCUGGCCACGUACAUCUUCGACUCCUCUGUCUAUUUACUGAUCGUCAUGUUGAUAGUGAUGUCCCUCCAGCAGGAACCGGUCAUUUACGAUAACCAGACUCGAGGGUUCGUCAUGUACAUUGUACUCAUGAUCUACGGCCAAGCCUUUUUCCCAUACCUCUAUGCGCUUCAGUUCUACUUUGAGAACCCGACAAAAGCUUCGAUCACUUUGAUGAUGGCGUCAUUGUUGAUUGGAUUUACUGCAUUUUUCUCAAUUGAAACAUCUCUGAAAAGUCUUUCUGAUUGGGGCGUCGUCUAUUUCAUGCACAUCCUCAUUAUAUUGUUGGCUCCUUGCUAUUUGCUUCUAAUGUCUGGAUUCCUGACCUUUUGGAUAUAUCAUCGCCAGGAUGAGCAAGAAGACCCUCCCAGUUUACUUCAGUUCUUACGAUAUCGAGACAGGGGAAGAAGCAUCUUAAACGCCCUGAUAGAGAUGGCGGUCCUUGCGGUCUUGGCUUGGGCUGUUCUCUUUCUUAUAGAGUUUCGCAUUUAUAGAUUGAUCAGAUACAAGCUAAUGCCUUAUUUGAAUCCUGAGACUCCAAAAGAUUCGGAUAAUUUUAAAGAGGAUGAUGAUGUCAUACAAGAGAGGCAACUCAUUUACACGACAGACAAAGCUACUCUCUUCCUCCGAAAUGCUCUGGUGCUGGAGGACGUCCACAAAUGCUUUUUUUCGGGGAUAAGCUGCAAGCCUUUCGUGGCCGUCUACAACACGUGCCUCGGGGUCACGCGGAAGGAGUGUCUGGGUCUUCUGGGUCAGAACGGUGCAGGAAAGACCACUACCUUCAGGAUUAUUACAGGUCGGGAAGUUAUUACUUCUGGAAACGUUUACGUGGAGGGCCUGAGUGUGAAAACAUCUUUUCAAUCGAUUAAGAGUUUUCUGGGAUACUGUCCUCAAGAGGAUGCUCUGCACGACACGCUGACAGGCCGAGAGACGCUCUACCUCUACGCCAGGAUAAGGGGAGUGCCUGAAAAAUCUCUGAAAUCUGUUGUCCAGGCAGUCGUUGACUUUAUCUCCCUUGGGCCUCAUGUAGACAGAAUUUCAAAAUACUAUAGUGGCGGAAACAAACGAAAACUAUCACUGGGGAUUUCAGUUAUUGGUAAUCCUAAAUUGAUAGUGCUGGAUGAACCCACCGCUGGGAUGGACCCUGUGGCCAGACGCAAACUCUGGGACGUGUUGCACCUGAUUCGUGCGUCUGGGAAGACGCUGGUACUGACGUCACACAGCAUGGAAGAGUGCGAGGCUCUCUGCACGCGUAUUGCGAUCAUGGUUCACGGCCGGAUCAUUUGCCUCGGCAGCCUGCAGCACCUGAAGAGCAAAUAUGGCCAGGGCUACACCGUCGUUCUCCAUGCCUCCAAGAACCCAGACGUAGAAGAGAAGCUUUUUGACGAUGCUAAACAGCACAUCCUGACUACCCUCAAAGAUUCAAAGCUUUUCUCAGAGCAAGAAGGUUACGCUGACCUUCACGUCCCAGAGACCACGCCCCUGUUCUUCAUCUUUCAAACUCUGGAGGAUGCCAAAACUAGGUUCAGCUUCGAGCACUACACUGUAGAGCAGAACUCCCUGGAGCAGAUCUUUCUGAGAAUCUUAAAGAUGAAAGAGACGCACCAGAUGUGAGAUUUGAACCUUUGAGGAACACAUUGAUGUUCACACGAUGUAUAGAAUGGCAAUGUGCAUGAAGCGGAAGAAAGACUUUUGUUUCCUAGGGGUUUGAACAAGUUUGUUUUUUUUUUGGUGAGAUUAAUAUGACUAUUUUUUUUUUAAUAUUUUUAUUCCUUGAACUAAAUGUUGAACAAUUGUUACCUUUACCUGCUUUGCGCUGGGACAAAAUAAAUGUGUACGAAACGG